UGGGAAGUGGCCGGCGCUGCCGAUUUUGCGCACCCGAUGCCUUGCUUUGGUGUGGCCUAGUGGGCCGGCGCGCCGCUGUGACGUAGUUCUGCGGGCGGUCCCUGAUGCUGCAGCGCCCGCUGGUCGGGCUGGCAGUGGCCGCCCUGGGUCGCAUCCGUGCGGACGGCAUGGCAGGACCUAGGCCAGUGGUACUGAGUGGGCCAUCAGGUGCAGGGAAGAGCACCCUGCUCAAGAAGUUGCUCCAGGAACAUGGCAGCAUCUUUGGCUUCAGCGUGUCCCAUACUACACGGAAUCCACGACCUGGUGAGGAAAAUGGCAAAGAUUACUACUUUGUGACCAGGGAGAUGAUGCAGCGUGAUAUUGCGGCAGGGGACUUCAUUGAGCAUGCUGAGUUCUCGGGGAACCUUUAUGGGACAAGCAAGGCGGCUGUACGGGCUGUGCAGGCCAUGAACCGCAUCUGCGUGCUAGAUGUUGACCUACAGGGUGUGCGCAACAUCAAGAAGACUGAUCUACGUCCCAUCUACAUCUCUGUGCAGCCUCCCUCGCUGGAUGUGCUGGAGCAACGAUUGCGGCUGCGCAACACAGAGACUGAAGAGAGUUUGGCAAAGCGGCUGGCAGCUGCCCGGGCUGACAUGGAGAGCAGCAAGGAGCCUGGCUUGUUUGACCUGGUGAUCAUCAAUGACAACUUGGAUAAAGCCUAUGCAACGUUGAAGCAGGCACUCUCUGAGGAAAUCAAGAAAGCUCAGGGAACUGGCCAUGCCUGAGGGCCUGCUUCAUUCCAGAGUGAUACCUGUGCCCCAAAUCUGCCUGGGUUAUGAGGUGGGGUGAUCUCUGCCAAGACACCAAGGACUUGUAAUAGGCUUCCACUGUGGAGUAGGAGGAGCUGCCCCUUGUCUGGCCUCAUGGUGGCGCUUCAUCCUGUGCUGGCUUGCUGAAGCUGAAGGACUCUGAAAUGCACCCACAUUUAUUCUCCCAGGGCUGCCCCUGUCCCUAUCUCUGUUCUCCUGCUGGAGCA